AUGCGUGAACAGAGAUCAAAAAUUUCCAUGGAUGACUUAAAUGAGGAGCUGAAGAAGAAGCUAUUUCCUGGAAUUAAGAACGCGCAGUCAGCGAUGUAUAGGCUGGAGAGCCUACAGACAGCAAAGGCUGUUGAGUUGGCCGUCACUACCCGCCAGAUAGGUUUCGGUGUAGUACAUUUAUUUGUGGCAUUGCGUCAGUUCAAUAACGUAGCGAUACAAGGAAAUGUUUAUUAA